UUCCAUUUUCUUGGUGAUUCUUCCUCGGAUGAAAAUGAGUUACAGAGAAAGCUCCUUCUUUGUUGUUAGUUUAGUUAUUUUGUUACAUGUGAUAAAUGGUUCUAUUGACAUCAGCAACAAUGCCCAUAAAGAGUACGUCAAAUUACUCCUUGCCAAUGGGGUUGCUCAUACACCACCAAUGGGUUGGAAUAGCUGGAAUCAUUUUCAAUGCAAUAUAAACGAAGACAUGGUGAAGGCCACUGCGGAUGCUCUUGUUUCAACUGGCCUGGCAGCACUUGGAUACAAAUACGUAAACUUAGAUGAUUGCUGGGGUGCAAUGAACAGAUCUUCGAGUGGUAAACUUAUGGCGAAAGCUUCUACUUUUCCUUCUGGAAUUAAGGCUCUUGCAGAUUAUGUUCAUUCAAAAGGCUUAAAGCUUGGGAUAUAUUCUGAUGCGGGUUAUCGCACAUGCAGCAAUCAGAUGCCUGGUUCACUUGGGCAUGAAGAUGUAGAUGCAAGAACCUUUGCUGAAUGGGGAGUAGAUUAUUUGAAGUAUGAUAACUGCUACAAUGACAAUACUAAGCCCGAUGGGAGAUAUGCUAAAAUGAGCUGUGCAUUGCAUAAGGCUGGCCGACCUAUCCUUUUCUCCCUCUGUGAAUGGGGACAAGACAAUCCAUCCAUAUGGGCGGGUUGGAUUGGUAAUUCUUGGCGGACUACUGGAGACAUUGCAGACAACUUUACUAGUAUGGCAUCAAAUGCGGAUCAAAACAAUUAUUGGGCAAGGUAUGCUCAACCUGGCGGAUGGAAUGAUCCUGACAUGCUGGAAGUGGGUAAUGGAGGGAUGACUUCUGUGGAAUACGAAUCACAUUUUAGUCUUUGGGCUGCUAUGAAAGCUCCUUUGCUUAUUGGAUGUGAUGUGCGAUCUAUAAGCAAAGAAACUCUAAGAAUCAUUGGAAACAAGGAGGUCAUUGAUGUUAAUCAGGAUCCUUUGGGAGUUCAAGCAUGGAAAGUACAAUCAAAUAAUGGCUUAGAAGUUUGGGCAGGGCCAUUAUCAUUUGGAAGAAUAGUGGUUGUGCUUUGGAAUAGAGGAGAAACCCCUGCUAAUAUUACUGCGGAAUGGAAUGAAAUUGGACUUCUUUCGUUUGUCCCUGUUGUAGUUAGAGAUUUAUGGGCGCAUAAGUACGUGUCUGAAAAUACGAGCGGCCAAUUGACUGCAGAAGUUGCUCCUCAUGGCUGUAAGAUGUAUGUUCUCUCCCCAUACUAAGGAGGAGCCAUAUCAAGGAGGAGGAAGCCGGCUCUACUGGAUAAUAGUUCCAUUUAUAUUUUCAAAUUCUAAAUUGCAAGAUACUAAUUCUGGGUCAAGAUAUUUCUUUGUUAAUUAGGCUUGUUGACAUUGGAGAUUGCAUAUAUAAAUUUCUUUUCUAGUUCUUCCCCAUGCUUGGAAAUUUACCAACCCUCUUCCCUCGUUUGCUUAGACUCUAUGUGGGACUAAAAACAUUCAGAAAACUUGCUUCAUUUGAUGUUCCCAACCUGUUUGUGAUAAUGUUUUGUAUGUUGGAUUCAGAGGAUGGAAUACAUCCAAUCAAACCAGACUCUGUACCUUCUCUUGGAGGUUGUUAACAUAUAAUAUUAGAAGUUUUCUCCUAACUAAA